UUCCGCCCUCCCCGCCCGUGGAGCCUUCCAGAAGUCGCCGGCAGACCCGUGCGGCUUGCAGUUAAGCCACACUCCAAACUAUCACCAUAAAAUCUCCUGAUUUCAUCCUUGAAGCACUUUUAAGUGUCUUAACACCUCCAUCAACAUGUCCUCUUUGGGGACACUCGCGUUUGAUGAGUAUGGAAGACCUUUCAUCAUCAUUAAAGACCAGGACAAGAAGACUCGGUUAUCGGGCAUUGACGCAUUGAAGUCUCACAUUAUGGCAGCCAAAGCAGUGGCGUCAACGCUGAAAACAUCUUUGGGACCAAAUGGCCUUGACAAGAUGAUGGUGGACAGGGAUGGAGAGGUGACUGUCACCAACGACGGAGCCACUAUUCUUAGCAUGAUGGAUGUGGAUCACCAGAUUGCCAAGCUGAUGGUGGAGCUCUCCAAGUCGCAGGAUGAUGAGAUUGGUGAUGGAACCACUGGAGUUGUUGUGCUUGCUGGGGCUCUGCUGGAGCAGGCUGAGCAGCUGCUGGACCGCGGGAUCCACCCCAUCAGGAUCUCUGAUGGUUACGACCAGGCCGCACGCAUUGCCAUCGAACAGCUGGACAAAAUUGCAGAAACUCUCCCCUGUGAUCCCGACAACACAGAACCGCUCAUUGAGACCGCCAUGACAACUCUGGGGUCUAAAAUCAUCAACCGGUGCCACAGACAGAUGGCAGAGAUUGCAGUGAAUGCCAUCCUCACUGUGGCAGACAUGGAGAGGAAGGAUGUGGACUUUGAGCUCAUCAAGAUGGAGGGCAAAGUUGGAGGCAAGCUGGAGGACACACAACUCAUCAAGGGAGUGAUCGUUGACAAGGAGUUCAGCCACCCUCAGAUGCCUAAGGUCCUGAAAGAUGUCAAAAUCGCCAUUCUCACCUGCCCAUUUGAGCCCCCAAAGCCCAAGACCAAGCAUAAGCUGGAUGUGACCUCCGUGGAGGAUUACAAAGCCCUUCAGAAGUAUGAAAAGGAGAAGUUUCAGGAGAUGAUACAACAGGUCAAAAGUAAUGGUGCCAAUUUGGCAAUUUGCCAGUGGGGCUUCGAUGAUGAAGCUAACCACCUCCUGCUGCAGAACGAGCUGCCCGCUGUGCGCUGGGUUGGAGGUCCUGAGAUCGAGUUGAUUGCGAUCGCCACAGGAGGGCGCAUUGUUCCCAGGUUCAGUGAGUUGACACCAGAGAAGCUCGGCACAGCUGGUGUGGUGAAGGAGAUCUCCUUUGGUACCACAAAGGAUCACAUGUUGGUCAUCCAGGAGUGCAAGAACACCAGGGCUGUGACCAUUUUCAUCCGGGGAGGAAACAAAAUGAUCAUUGAAGAGGCUAAGCGUGCUCUCCAUGAUGCUCUGUGCGUCAUUCGUAAUCUGGUCAAAGACAACCGUGUGGUGUAUGGAGGAGGAGCUUCAGAGAUUGCAUGUGCUCUGUCCGUCAACCAGGCUGCAGACAAGUGUCCAUCAUUGGAGCAGUAUGCCAUGAGGGCAUUUGCUGAUGCUCUGGAGGUGAUCCCAAUGGCCCUGGCUGAGAACAGUGGAUUGCACCCAAUCCAGACCAUGACUGAGGUCCGAGCCAGACAGGUCAAGGAGAACAACUCCUUCCUGGGCAUCGACUGCCUGCACAACAAUACCAAUGACAUGAAGCAGCAACACGUAGUUGAGACCCUGAUCGGUAAGAAGCAGCAGAUCCUGCUCUCCACUCAAGUAGUCAAGAUGAUCCUUAAGAUCGACGACAUUCGAAGCCCAGGAGAGGUCGAGGACUGAAGACCUCCUGGAACAUGUUCCCGUUUCUGAGCUGAUGGAGAGGUUGUAGGCACUUCCUGGAGCACCAUAUACAACCCGCACUGCAUACUGCUAUUUAUCAUUUGAUACAAAUGUUCAAGCUGUUAACGUGUCAGUCACCAUUAAAAUGUUGGUCC